CGGGCGGAGACGAAGGAAGGAAGCUGUAAUUGAAAUGCAUGGCGAAUCGUUUGGAUGAUUGAUCAUAUUUAAUUAAUUUGAUCGCACACGCUAUUAACUUCAAUAUUACAAGUUAGCACACAGACUGCAGCUACACAGUGGACUGAUCGGGGCUGAUACUAGCUCAGCCAGCGCAAGGCUAGUAGCAUCAGCUAGUCUGUGUCAGUGUGUGGUGGCAGAGUUUGUUUAACCGUCGUUACCUCCUGCGGCAUGCUGUUAUUAUCAGUGAAGUGAGGACAGCUCGGCUCUUUCAGAUACCUUGUCAUGGAGGACCCCUUUGACAGUGGUAAGGAAUGAUGAUGGCUCUAGCUAGCUGCUCCCCAUACUUUCUAGCCAGCCACAAUUUCUGUAGUAGUUAGCAUUUUAGCUUGCGGACGGUUACCUACAGUACAGAACGUUCCAAGUCAACAAGUGUCAGGCUCUUGAUAGCCAGGCAGCAGUUUUGGUACGGACUAAUCAGCAUUCAUACACUUGUAAUGAUGGGAAUGUUAGCUGAUAGAAACAUAGCUAGCUAUGCCUGGCCUUUGAGUACAGCUAAAUAAAAAUAGCCAGUGUAUCUCUGUUUGCCUGAAUAGACUGGGAUCUUUAGCUUUAGUUAUUCUGUGUUCUCAGUGGCAUUCACUGGGGACACAUUCCCCAGUCGGGCUGAGGUCAGGGUUGACUUUUGACUCUUGUCAGCCGAGGGCCUAUUUAUUUAACCCAUUAAAGGCUAUCUACGUAUCUUAGCCAUCUAAAGAGCAGUAAGGGGCUAAAGGGGCUAAAUGGAAAUCUUAUGACAGCCCAGUUGCAGUUACAGCUGAUAGAAUAUUUCGAUAUUGUUAUGAGGGAAAAUGGGAGCGAAAAGCACAACCAAAGUGAUACUAGUAACCCUAUCAAUCUGUGACACAACCAAAUAUACUUAUAACUAACCCAUCUGUGAUACAACUGUUGAAUUGACUGAAUUGCACUGACACCACAUACUCUUUUUAUGUUUAUUGGGACAUGAUUCUUUCCUUAUUGUUCAGCCUUGUCCUACACUUUGCCAUACCCACUAGGGUAAAAUAUUGGGAACCUUGUUACUGAGAUUUCCCGCCCAAACCCACUCCCCUUUCCCGGGAUAAAUAACUGCGAGAGAACUGUAAAUUAUAAUACAUUAUUUCUAUGAACAGAAUGACCUAAAAUGGCACAGUACAUGUUUUUUUUUUUAAGUAACAAAAAAAAGUAAAUACAGCCGAAAUAUAUUGAUAAAAGUCACACUGUCCGAGAGAGAUUUACAUGUUUAUUAAAACGUCACACCAGGGUAAGCCUACACAAAACACAACCCUUAUUUUAAGUGUUUCUAAAAUCCCCUAUGGGAAAAAUGAAUGGUGGAAAAACAAUUGGAACCAUUUCCCUGUUUGACUGCUAGGUAUUAUGGGUAUUAUGACACCUCCACUGUUGGGCUCUAUUGGAGUCAAUAUAGGCCGGCAUCCCUGUGGAACACUUUUGACACCUUGUAGAGUCCAUGCCCUGACGAAUGUAGGCUGUUCUGAGGGCAAAAGGGGUGCAACUCAAUAUUAGGAUGGUGUUCGUAAUGUUUUGUACACUCAGUGUGUAUAUAGACAUGUCCUAGCCUACCUCUUUCAGGUAAUACAUUCAAUGCAAUAUUAGCCUUAUAUUUAGCUAAUGGAUGAUGGGUUAUGCAUAAGCUUCUAAAUUAUAGCCUCUGUCUCUUGCGCAAUACUCACCUGCACUCCGCUUGCCUGUCUACUUAAAAAACACUCCUUAGCUCUUGGAGUCCCAGGAAAAUCUAGACUAGAGUAGCUUGCUUGACAUUUUUAUUUUAUAAUUUUUAUACUAAUAGACUAUUCAAAGAGGGAUGCAAGCUCUUGUUUGCUGAAUGCGAUGGCGGUAGACUAUAGUAGCUAUUUAUUUAUUAUUUGUGAAGAAAAGUGAUACCGCGCUGCAUCUUAUUCCAGUCCUAUAUUAUUCAAGCAUGUCAUUACAAUGAUGAAGAUAAGGACAACGAAACGUAUUAAAUGUAACUGUUGAAAGCGAGGAAGAAAGCAAGCAACAAUAGAGAGAGAAAGAGGAGGUAGGCUAAUACGCACGUCCUACUAAUUAUAAACAUGUAAAAUAGGCCCUAUUAUCUUUCAAAAUUCAAAUCAAAUUCGCUAGCCUAUAAUUGUAACUUUGUAGGCUGCAUAUCCUGUACCAGCAUCACAUGUUCUCUCCCAGCUUAAUGGUCUGAACGACGUGCGUAAUUCCAGUUCGCAUAAUACAAUACAGUAAAGUAAUACAGUCCAUACUCAAAAAGAUUAGCCUCCUGGAACUUGUUUAAUUUAUUUACCCGAGAGCAUAGCUACAGUGGGGGAAAAAAGUAUUUAGUCAGCCACCAAUUGUGCAAGUUCUCCCACUUAAAAAGAUGAGAGAGGCCUGUAAUCCAGAAAAUCACAUUGUAGGAUUUUUAAUGAAUUUAUUUGCAAAUUAUGGUGGAAAAUAAGUAUUUGGUCACCUACAAUCAAGCAAGACCUGGUCGAUGACCUGAAGAGAGCUGGGACCACAGUCUCAAAGAAAACCAUUAGUAACACACUACGCCGUCAUGGAUUAAAAUCCUGCAGCGCACGCAAAGUCCCCCUGCUCAAGCCAGCGCAUGUCCAGGCCCGUCUGAAGUUUGCCAAUGACCAUCUGGAUGAGCCAGAGGAGGAAUGGGAGAAGGUCAUGUGGUCUGAUGAGACAAAAAUAGAGCUUUUUGGUCUAAACUCCACUCGCUGUGUUUGGAGGAAGAAGAAGGAUGAGUACAACCCCAAGAACACCAUCCCAAUCGUGAAGCAUAGAGGUGGUAACAUCAUUCUUGGGGAUGCUUUUCUGCAAAGGGGACAGGACGACUGCACCGUAUUGAGGGGAGGAUGGAUGGGGCCAUGUAUCGCGAGAUCUUGGCCAACAACCUCCUUCCCUCAGUAAGAGCAUUGAAGAUGGGUCGUGGCUGGGUCUUCCAGCAUGACAACGACCCGAAACACACAGCCAGGGCAACUAAGGAGUGGCUCCGUAAGAAGCAUCUCAAGGUCCUGGAGUGGCCUAGCCAGUCUCCAGACCUGAACCCAAUAGAACAUCUUUGGAGGGAGCUGAAAGUCCAUAUUGCCCAGCAACAGCCCCGAAACCUGAAGGAUCUGGAGAAGGUCUGUAUGGAGGAGUGGGCCAAAAUCCCUGCUGCAGUGUGUGCAAACCUGGUCAAGACCUACAGGAAACGUAUGAUCUCUGUAAUUGCAAACAAAGGUUUCUGUACCAAAUAUUAAGUUCUGCUUUUCUGAUGUAUCAAAUACUUAUGUCAUGCAAUAAAAUGCAAAUUAAUUACUUAAAAAUCAUACAAUGUGAUUUUCUGGAUUUUUGUUUUAGAUUCCGCCUCUCACAGUUGAAGUGUACCUAUGAUAAAAAUCACAGACCUCUACAUGCUUUGUAAGUAGGAAAAUCGGCAGUGUAUCAAAUACUUGUUCUCCCCACUGUAUUUAUAUGCUUUAGAACGAUUUUGGCGGGAAAUACUGGUUUACCCGGGAGAAAAGGGAUUUAUUCUCAGGAUGGAUGGAACAUUUGUAAAUACUGGGAAAAUAUUUAACCCUACUACCCAGGAAAGUGAGGAAACCCAACUCAGAUUGGCUUAGCCCACUGGCUUAUAUGCCAAGGUAAAGCCUAUCUGAGUUGGGUUUAUUUCUAGUGUCAUGCAGGCUGGAUGUGUUUUAUUCUUCCAGUCAUCAUCAGAGGGCUGUUGUAUGUGUGUAUGUAUUAACCAGCGUUCUAAAAUAUGUUUUACUCUUGUGGAUUUGUAUUCCUUUGCUACUACAGGGGAUCGCUCACUGAUAACAACCAAAAUGCAAAGAAUUCCAGUAGUCUGGUCUUUCUGAUUCCUCCCCUGUGUGUAGGUGAAAAUAGCAUUUUCGGGCAAGCGAUCAUAAUCUUCGGCCAAAAAAGACUUCUGGCUUGCCUAAUGGGCAAGUGCCUUUCUCCGACCUUAAUGUCUAUCCCUGCCAAAUGUAAUAGACAUUUGGUGCUAGUUGCAGGUGGAAAUGUUACAUGUAUCUCCUGUAAAUAACAACUAUCAUUGAUAACAUUAGUCAGAAUUGGAUAUGUAGCCCACAAUAUUCUGCUACUCAAAGAUGCUAUAUCCUCUUGUUUUAGUUACUCAGGCCAGGCUAGGCCAGGCUGUGUGUAGUGUUAUUUACAGUCUGUGACUGGUGGCUGCUUUAGCUCAGUGCUCUGUUUAUCUGUUCUAAAAGCACAUCGAGCUGUUGGAGACACACCAAGCUCUUUGCAACAUUCACACUAGCAACUGCAAGUGACACACUCUAGAAGGCAGGCUACAUUAUGUCACAGUUGAGUUUAUCCUACACAACUCAAUCAUAUGUGCCUUUAUUUGCCUCUUAACUCGCUCAACUGGUUGCUUGUUCAGACCUGUAUGUUUGAUAGGGCUCCUUAUCCCCUCUCUGUGGUGUGUGUGCUCAAUCUGAUAAGGACCAGCAAGUUAUUUCUGUAGGCUCAGUAGCACUGACUGUACUCUCCUGCUCUAACUCUGUGCUGUCUGCUUUAUGGCUCAACAGCUUUAUUACAGCAAAUAAAGGGACUUCUGUCUGUUCAGAUUGGAACACUCACUGACACUCACACACACUACUGGUCAAUAGACACAGCUGUCUUUCUCUGUGGGGGCUUUUUCAUUAAAGCUUAAUUGACUAUUUGGAAAAUAUUCCAAGUAUGUUAUUUCAUUAGCCUAGCCUGCUUCAAUUCAGAAUGCACAAGGCCUACGUGAAAAGCCUAACUGAUGGGGAAUCCUGUCCUGGACAUUGUGAGGGCACUAGUAGGCCUACAUAUGGAGCUGAAAUGUCCAGAGGUUAUUCCUUGUUCAGCUGACAGACAGUCAGGUUGUUUUCACUAAAACACAGCUUCACCUACUUGGCCUUAUACGCCCUGAGGCCCCAGGUAGUCCUGGUCUGGGCCCUGCCUGGGGUAGACCUGGGGUAAGCCUAGUCCUAGCACAACUGGCCUCCAACUUCAGGUCUGUGUGGCUCUAGCUAAGUUGUGUAGGCUAUAGGAUAAACAUCUAUGUCUGUGGCUCUGAGUCUGUUUCUGUGUUUAUUUGGUGAAAACAGGAAAAGUGUGGUGAGCUGUUGCUGACAUUUUCUGUUUCACUGCUGCUUACGCUACAGCCCUUGCUGUUUCAGUUUGAGGUGCUCUCAUUUUGGUCUGAAUAACAGAUACCACAUUUAUAGCACAGCCUCAUUUGACACUAACAUGGCAUUAGGUCUGUCUGGUUGGUGUGAGUCAGAAUAAUCUGAUAAGGUUGCUUUGGUUCUUAUUUUGAUCUGGGUAUUAUUACAUAUUCAGCUCCAUAUCUAGGCCUAUUAUUAGGAGCAGGACUGGCUGCAGCGCUGCAGACCUCAUGAUCUCUGAAUCAGGACUAUAUCUGCUGCAGGAAGGGAUAGAGGAAACUCAGAUGGCUUCAGUUAGCUUUCUCCUAUUCACUGGGCCCUACCAACACGCACGCUUUCUCACAAUGGAAAACACACAAUGGAACGUACUAGGUGUAUGAGAUGGCUUUGUUUAGUGUUGUCAUUAGUUAUGAUGAUGAAACUAGCUAGCUCUUCACUUAGCCUACACGGUACACACACGAUUCACAGACACACACUGGGACUUCAGAAGACUUGGUCUUAUUACAGGAGAGAACGGCGCCCUUUACCAAGAGGCGCAAUGGGACAUUUUAUACAGUUUGACUACUGUUGUUAUUAUUGAAUUAGAGCGAGUUGAGCAUUUCUCUGUUUGUUUGUAGAGACACAGGGGAGAAUCAAUAGAAAGGGAGCCACACACACGCACAUUUUAUUGAACGUGUGUGUGUGUGUGUCUGUGUGUGUAUAUAUUAACCUUUUGUUUGUUUGUGUGUGUAACCAGAGCGAGCGUCCCUGCCCAGGAACAUGAUAGAGAACAGUAUGUUUGAGGAGGAACCUGACGUGGUGGACCUGGCCAAAGACUCAACAGCCUUCCCGGUAAUUACAUACUAUGCAACACUGACAUUAACCCAUCCACCCAUCAGUAGUCCCCUCUCUUCUAACUGUUAGAGUUUUUCCAGAUUUUCAUAUCUCGCGUUCUCUCUCUUUUAUUUUCUCUCUCUCUCUCUUCCACCUCCCUCCUCCAGGCGUUGGAACCAGAUGAGGUGGUGUACGAGCCCCAUUGCUCCCGUCUGCUGGUGCGAGGUCUGGGAGAGAACGACCUGGACGAUGAGGAGGAUGACUAUGAGUCGUCAGCCCGCCUACUGGGCAUGUCAUUCAUGAACAGAAGCUCCACCCACAGUCCUAGCUCCUCCCCUUACAACAGACAGGCUCCACCCAGGUCCUUUUUACUUUUCAAAUCAAACUUUAUUUAAAGUGAAUUUAAACAUCCCAGUACACUUUACAGUAAAUGAAAAACAAUAACAUUAACAAUACUAAAGAUAAAUAUUAUAUUUAUAGAUUAAUAAAUACAGUUUUUUUGUUUUUGGCCAGGUCAUGUUCCCGCCCCUCAGCUCGUAUGCUGGUGGUGGGCGUGUUCAUCUUGGUACUGGUCGCAUCCAUGGCGAUGGUUCUCUACUUCCUGCCUGGCUGUACUUUCACUAAGGUAGGGGUGUGUGUGUUGGAGUAUCGGGUGUAUGUGAAAAGUGUGUGGCUCCUGCAUUGGCCUCCACAGCCACGGGAAGUGGCACCAGUGCCAAAAAGUCAAGAUAGUGUGUGUAUAUAUACAGUGCCUUCAGAAAGUAUUCAUACCCCUUGACCUAUUCCACAUUUUGAUGUGUUACAGCCUGAAUUCAAAAUGCAUUAAAUUGUCUCGUAGCCCUGCACGUUGAUCUGGUACUGGUACUCCCUGUAUAUAGCUCCAUUCUUGUGUAUUUUAUUUUAUUCCUCUUGUGUUAGUUACUAUUUUAUUUUGUAUUAUUUAUUUUUUUACUCUGUAUUGUUGGGAAAGGUUCGUAAGCAAGCAUUUCACUGUCAAGUCUACACCAGUUGUAUUUGGCGCAUGUCAUAAAUACAAUUUGAUUUGAUUUGAAAUAUGCUUUUUUUCACCCAUCUACACACAAUACCCCAGAAAUUCUAGCAAAUUUAUAGAAAAAUUAAAUACAGAUAGCACAUUUACAUAAGUAGUCACACCCCUGAGUUAAUACAUUAGAAUUAGAAGAGUUAGAAUCACCUUUGGCUGCGAUUACAGCUGUGAGACUUUCUGGGUAAGUCUCUAAGAGCUUUGCACACCUGGAUUGUACAAUAUUUGCAGAUUAUUCUUUUUAAAAUUAUUCAAGCUCUGUUUUAGGUUAUUGUCCUGCUGAAAUGUGAAUUUGUCUCCCAGUGUCUGUUGGAAAGCCGACUGAACCAGGUUUUUCUCUAGGAUUUUGCCUGUGCUUAGCUCUAUUCCGUUUCUUUUUAUCCUAAAAAACUCCCUAGUCCUUGCCGAUGACAAGUAUACCCAAUACAUAAUGCAGCCACCACUAUGUUUGAAAAUAUGAAGAGUUGUACUCAGUGAUGUGUUGGAUUUGCCUCAAACAUAAUGCUUUGUAUUCAGGACAUAAAGUUAAUUUCUUUGCCACAUUUUUGCACUUUUACUUUAGUGCCUUAUUGCAAACAGGAUGCACGUUUUAUAAUAUUUUGUAUUAUGUAUAGGCUUCCUUAAUUUCACUCUGUCAUUUAGGUUAGUAUUGUGGAGUAACUACAAUGUUGUUGAUCCAUCCUCAGUUUUUUCCCUAUCACAGCCAUUAAACUAUGAAACUGUUUUAAAGUCACCAUUGGACUCAUGGUGAAAUCCCUGAGCAGUUUCCUUCCUCUCCGGCAACUGAGUUCGGAAGGACGCCUGUAUCUUUGUAGUGACUGGGUGUAUUGAUACACCAUCCAAAGUGUAAUUAAUAACUUCACCAUGCUCAAAUGGAUAUUCAAUGUCUGCUUUUAAACAUUUUACCCAUCUACCAAUAGGUGCCCUUCUUUGUGAGGCAUUGGAAAACCUCCCUGGUCUUUGUAGUUUAAUCUGUUUUUGAAAUUCACUGUUCGACUGAGGGACCUUACAGAUAAUUGUAUGUGUGGGGUACAGAGAUGAGGUAGUCAUUCAAAAAUCAUGUUAAACACUAUUAUUGCACACAGAGAGAGUCCAUGCAACUUAUUAUGUGACUUGUUAAGCACAUUUUUACUCCUGAACUUAUUUAGGCUUGCCAUAACAAAGGGCUUGAAUGCUUAUUGACUCAAGACAUUUCAGCUUUUCAUUUGUAAUUAAUUUGUAAAAAUGUCUAAAAACAUAAUUCCACUUUAUAAUAAUAAUAAUAAUAAUAUGCCAUUUAGCAGACGCUUUUAUCCAAAGCGACUUACAGUCAUGUGUGCAUACAUUUUUACGUAUGGGUGGUCCCGGGGAUCGAACCCACUACCCUGGCGUUACAAGCGCCAUGCUCUACCAAUUGAGCUACAGAGGACCACGGAGGACUUUGACAUUCUGGGGUAUUGUGUGUGUGUGUAGGCCAGUGACACAAAUUCUGAAUUUAAACCAUUUAAAAUUCAGGCUGUAACACAACAAAAUCAAAGGGUGUGAAUACUUUCUGAAGGAACGGUGUAUAUUCACUGUGUUGAUCCUCUUUCUCCCCAGGCUGGCUGUGGUAAGGCUAACUCCUCCACUCCUAUGGAGCCGGCCUAUCCUAACAGCGCUAAUGGGGAUCUGUUUCCCUGGAAUGAGCUCCGCCUCCCAGCCAGCGUACGGCCUGUGAACUACGACCUCUCCUUGACCCUUAACCUGACUUCCAUGACCUUCACCGGCCGCACCGUCAUCAACAUGACGAUACAACACAACACCAAGCGCAUCGUUCUGCACAGCUCUGAACUCAUUAUCACCAAGGCAACCUUCCAGGUAGCUAAUGAUCAGCCUUACCAUUGCUAUUUAAUCGAAAAUAAUAUGAAGAGAUAUACAUCUUUAUAGGUUUAGAUUUUUAACUGUAAUUAUUAUUAUAUUAAUGCACAGUGUGUAACUUAAUUACUAGCAGUGUAGAGAGAAUAAGAUUUGCUUCCCCUGAGGAGUUAAAUUAUGUUUUACCUAGAUAAUUAUGUUUUCCCUUGCGAAAUAAUGUUUUGACCUAGUUAGAUUAUGUUUUACCUUAUUAAAUGCUGUUUUUACUGUAACCCUUCCAGGUUGGAGAGGAUAAGAGUGUUGAGGUCAAGGUGUUGGAGUAUAAGCCGUGGCAGCAGAUAGCUGUCAGCUUCCCAGAGGAUCUGAAGGCAGGCCAGGUGUGUGUGUUAACGUUGGACUACACAGCCAACCUCUCACACACCUAUGACGGCUUCUACAACAGCUCCUACAACGACAAGACUGGAGCCAAGAGGUAAGCAAAACUAUUUAAAAACACUAAAAACUAUUUACUAAAAAAUAACAACUUAACUCAGGGUGAAUGCAGUGAGAUUCAUUCUGUAAUGGUGUGUAAACUUGACAAUGUUUGUUGACAUGUAAUAAACUACAACUCCAGUUUGAGCCUAGUCCUUGCUAGUCCUUGCUCUCUGUGAGUGACCCUGGCCACCCCCUCCUCAGGGUCCUAGCUGCCACUCAGUUUGAGCCCCAGGCUGCCAGGAAGGCCUUCCCCUGUUUUGACGAGCCAGCCUUUAAAGCCACCUUCCUGGUCAGGAUCACCAGGGAGCCUGGAUACAUCACUCUGUCCAACAUGCCCCAGGUACAAUGUGUGUGUGUACUCGCUAGCGCGCUCGAGAGUUUGCGUGCACCAGUGUUUUUAAGUGGUAAACAUGCAUCAAUACAUUACAAAAGCAAAUACAUGAUGUGUUGAUUGGAGACACUUGCCAGUGUGUUAACCAUCUGUUAAUAUGACUGUGUUGUGUUCCCCAGGCUAAGACUACUACAUUACCCAGCGGCCUAUUGGAGGAUGAGUUUGAGCAGACUAGUGUUAAUAUGAGCACCUACCUGGUGGCCUUCAUCGUAGCUAACUUCACCAGCGUCACUAGAAACGUCUCCAAUACACUGGUACGUACAGAAUCCCUGCCUCACAAUCUAUUCACACUAUUUCUAUUGCCUGCAACACACUGGAAUGCAGAUAGCUGUCAAGUGUUUCCCCGGUGGCCACUACACCCCCCCCCCCCCCUACUCUGUGCCUAUCCCCCUAUUUUGGGAUCUAUUGUAUUUAUUCAGUUUCUAUGGUUUGUGUGUUCUAGGUGUCAGUGUACUCUGUGCCAGAGAAGAAGGAACACACACACUAUGCUCUGGACACAGCCUCUAAGCUGCUGCAGUUCUACAACACCUUCUUUGAAAUCGACUACCCUCUGAGGAAACUAGGUGAGAGGUGACACAAGACACAACACACAGACACUCAGCCCUCACACAAUAAACUCAACUGAUGAACACGUUUUACAUGUACAGUGCAUUCGGAAAGUAUUCAGACCCCUUGACCUUUUCCACAUUUUGUUACGUUACAGCCUUAUUCUAAAAAUAACAAUUUAAUCCAUUUGAAAAUGUGAGGGAAAAGUGUAAUGUUUUCGAUAAUGAGACACUAAAUAUGUAUUGGUAUUUACCCCUCCACCAUUCCGUCCCUCUCUCUCUACUCUUCCUUCCCUCUCUCUCCCUCCUCCAGACCUGGUUGCUAUCCCAGACUUCCUGGCGGGAGCGAUGGAGAACUGGGGUCUGAUCACCUUUAGAGAGACCAGCCUGCUGGUGGGAAACCAGUCCUCUCCUCUUGACAAACAACUCAUUGCUAACGUCGUAGCCCACGAGCUCGCUCACCAGGUAUGUGUUUGUCUGAUGUGUGUGUGUGUGUGUGUGUGGGUGGGUGUGUAGACCAUUACAAGGUGAUGGAACAUAUGUGUAUGUAUCUCAGCAGUCUUAAUGCUGUUUUGAUGUUUGGUUAAGAAGUGCUGCUGUUUUAUGCCGUUGCUAUAACAGUGCUGUAAUGCUCUUAUGAUAGUGUUAUAAAGCUGUCAUAAAACUGUUCUAAUUCUGUUGUGAUGUUGUGUGUCAGUGGUUUGGGAACCUGGUGACGAUGCGUUGGUGGAAUGACCUGUGGCUGAACGAAGGCUUUGCCACCUAUUGGCAGUACACGUCCCUAAUGACAGAGUUCCCACAGCUGGAGCUAGUAAGUAGCACCACGUCACACAUGCAAGUGCUGUAGAAGGGGUCAAUGUAGAUUUAGAUGGCCAUGGAAUAAUAACCUGUCUUCUCUGUCUCCAGGGCAAUUCGUUCCUGGGGGUGCGGUUUAAGGCGAUGGCCAAAGAUUCUGUAAACUCCUCCCACCCAGUGUCAGAGUCGUCCCAGGUGACCACACCUGAACAGGUGUCUGAGAUGUUUGACUCUGUCACCUAUGAGAAGGUACAAUCUUUGGGCUUACCUUACAAAUGUGCUUAAAAGUUAAUUGAUUAGUAGUGUGAAUGAUAUUGCUGCUAUAGUCACAUCAGUAAUGUGUCUCUCUGUGUCUGUCUGUGUGUCUGUGUGUGUCUCUAGGGUGCAUCCCUCCUGCUGAUGUUGAACUCCACUCUGCCAGACGGUCAGUUCAGGAAAGGACUCAUCGAUUACCUGAAUAAAGGAUCUAACACUGUUACUGAAGACCUCUGGAACAGCCUCACACAGGUAGGUGUGGUCUGUCUGAGACACUCUGUCUCUUACAGUUAAUCUCUGUUUCCUUAUUAGUUAUUUUCACAGGUUCCUUAUUUUGCUCCUGUAAAAUCUGCCGCCAUAUCCUUCCUCUUGUCUGUUGUAUUAGUACUACUGAUGGUGAUACUCCAUAUCUCUCCCAUGGUGAUGAGUAGUCAUAUUAGUAGAUUAUUUAUAUUUGUCAUUGAUUAUUUAUGAUUAUUGAUGAUUGUUGGUUCUGGAUGUUCCAGGCCCAGGUGCUUCCCCAGCAGGAGAGUGUGUCAGACAUGAUGAGAACAUGGACGCUGCAAAAAGGCUUCCCAUUGGUCACCGUCAGCCGCAAGGCUGGUCAGGUGACCCUCACACAGGAACACUUCCUGCUCUCCGCAGACAAUGCCACUUACACCUCUAGGUGAGACAUGCACGAACACACGCACGCACGCGCACACACACACACACACACACACACACACACUCACACCAACAUUUCUUUGUGUUCUUCUCAGCCUGUGGCAUAUCCCCGUGACAUAUGUGAAUGACAGCUGUAGCUCUGCGCCUUCCUGCAGACAGAUCUUCCAUCUGAGAAAUAAGACAGGUAAAUAAUAGGACAGGUAACUAAUAAGACAGAUAAAGAAGACAGGUAAUUAAAAGACAGGUAAAUAAUAAGACAGGUAAAACUCUGUGCAUUCAGCUGUGUAGUUGUCAGUGAGCUUGACUAACUUUUUGAAUUGUCCAAUUCAGCACAAGUAAGCCUUUAUGACUUUAUGAUUUUAAUUGCUUGUGAUACAUGUAUAUAUAUAUAUGUAUAUGUACAGUGGAAAAGUGGUGCGUGCAUAUGUAUUUACGCCCUUUGCUAUGAAGCCCCUAAAUAAGAUCUGUUGCAACCAAUUACCUUCAGAAGUCACAUAAUUAGUUAAAUAAAGUCCACCUGUGUGCAAUCUAAGUGUCACAUGAUCUGUCACAUGAUCUCAGUAUAUAUACACCUGUUCUGAAAGGCCCCAGAGUCUGCAACACCACUAAGCAAGGGGCACCACCAAGCAAGCGGCACCAUGAAGACCAAGGAGCUCUCCAAACAGGUCAGGGACAAAGUUGUGGAGAAGUACAGAUCAGGGUUGGGUUAUAAAAAAAUAUCUGAAACUUUGAACAUCCCACGGAGCACCAUUAAAUCCAUGAUUAAAAAAAUUGAAAGAAUAUGGCACCACAACAAACCUGCCAAGAGAGGGCCGCCCACCAAAACACACAGACCAGGCAAGGAGGGCAUUAAUCAGAUAGGCAACAAAGAGACCAAAGAGAACCCUGAAGGAGCUGCAAAGCUCCACAGCGGAGAUUGGAGUAUCUGUCCAUAGGACCACUUUAAGCCGUACACUCCACAGAGCUGGGCUUUACGGAAGAGUGGCCAGAAAAAAGCCAUUGCAUUGCUUAAAGAAAAAAAUAAGCAAACACUUUUGGUGUUCGCCAAAACGGCAUGUGGGAGACUCCCCAAACAUAUGGAAGAAGGUACUCUGGUCAGAUGAGACUAAAAUUGAGCUUUUUGGCCAUCAAGGAAAGCGCUAUGUCUGGCGCAAACCCAACACCUCUCAUCACCCCGAGAACACCAUCCCCACAGUGAAGCAUGGUGGUGGCAGCAUCAUGCUGUGGGGAUGUUUUUCAUCGGCAUGGACUGGGAAACUGGUCAGAAUUGAAGGAAUGAUGGAUGGCGCUAAAUAAAGGGAAAUUCUUGAGGGAAAUCUGUUUCUGUCUUCCAGAGAUUUGAGACUGGGAUGGAGGUUCACCUUCCAGCAGGACAAUGACCGUAAGCAUACUGCUAAAGCAACACUGGAGUGGUUUAAGGGGAAACAUUUAAAUAUCUUGGAAUGGCCUAGUCAAAGUCCAGACCUCAAUCCAAUUGAGAAUCUGUGGUAUGACUUAAAGAUUGCUGUACACCAGCGGAACCCAUCCAACUUGAAGGAACUGGAGCAGUUUUGCCUUGAAUAAUGGGCAAAAAUCCCAGUGGCUAGAUGUGCCAAGCUUAUAGAGGCAUACCCCCAAGAGACUUGCAGCUGUAAUUGCUGCAAAAGGUGGCUCUACAAAGUGAUAGGCAUGUUGUGUAAAUCAAAUGAUACAAACCCCCAAAAAAUCCAUUUUAAUUCCAGGUUGUAAGACAAGAAAAUAGGAAAAAUGCCAAGGGGGGGGGGGGGGGGGGGUGAAUACUUUCACAAGCCACUGUAUAUGCAGUACCAGUCAAAAGUUUGGACACACCUACUCAUUCAAUAGUUUUUCUUUAUUUUCUACUAUUUUCUACAUUGUAGAAUAAUAGUGAAGACAUCAAAACUAUGAAAUAACACAUAUGGAAUCAUGUAGUAACCAAAAAAGUGUUAAACAAAACAAAAUAUAUUUGAGAUUUGAGAUUCUUCAAAUAGCCACCCUUUGCCUUGAUGACAGCUUUGCACACUCUUGGCAUUCUCUCAACCAGCUUCAUGAGGUAGUCACCUGGAAUGCAUUUCAAUUAACAGGUGUGCCUUGUUAAAAGUUAUUUUGUGGAAUUUCUUUCCUUCUUAAUGCUUUUGAGCCAAUCAGUGGUGUUGUGACAAGGUAGGGGUGGUAUACAGAAGAUAGCCCAUUUGGUAAAAGACCAAGUCGAUAUUAUGGCAAGAACAGCUCAAAUAAGCAAAGAGAAACGACAGUCCAUCAUUACUUUAAGACAUGAAGGUCAGUCAAUCCGGAAAAUCUCAAGAACUUUGAAAGUUUCUUCAAGUGCAGUCGCAAAAACCAUCAAGCGCUAUGAUGAAAUUGGCUCUCAUGAGGACCGCCACAGGAAAGGAAGACCCAGAGUUACCUCUGCUGCAGAGGAUAAGUUCAUUAGAGUUACCAGCCUCAGAAAUUGCAGCCAAAAUAAAUGCUUCACAGAGUUCAAGUAACAGCCACAUCUCAACAUCAACUGUUCAGAGGAGAUUGCGUGAAUCAGGCCUUCAUGGUCGAAUUGCUGCAAAGAAACCACUACUAAAGGACACCAAUAAGAAGAAGAGACUUGCUUGGGCCAAGAAACACGAGCAAUGGACAUUAGACCGGUGGAAAUCUGUCCUUUGGUCUGAUGAGUCCAAAUUUGAGAUUUUUGGUUCCAACUGCCGUGUCUUUGUGAGACGCAGAGUAGGUGAAAGGAUUAUCGCCGCAUGUGUAUUUCCCACCGUUAUGGUGUGAGGUGGCUUUUCUGGUGACACUGUCUGUGAAUUAUUUAGAAUUCAAGGCACACUCAACCAGCAUGGCUACCACAGCAUUCUGCAGCGAUACGCCAUCCCUUCUGGUUUGCGCUUAGUAGGGACAAUAAUUUGUUUUUCAACAGGACAAUGACCCAACACUCCUCCAGGCUAUGUAAGGGCUAUUUGACCAAGAAGAGAGUGAUGGAGUGCUGCAUCAGAUGACCUGGUCUCCACAAUCACCCAACGUCAACCCAAUUGAGAUGGUUUGGGAUGAGUUGGACCGCAGAGUGAAGGAAAAGAAGCCAACAAGUGCUCAGCAUAUGUGGGAACUCCUUCAAGACUGUUGGAAAAGCAUUCCUCAUGAAGCUGGUUGAGAGAAUGCCAAGAGUGUGCAAAGCUGUCAUCAAGGCAAAGGGUGGCUACUUUGAAGAAUCUCAAAUUUAAAAUAUAUUUUUAACACUUUUUUGGUGACUACAUGAUUUCCAUAUGUGUUAUUUCAUAGUUUUGAUAUCUUCACUAUUAUUCUACAAUGUAAAAAAAAUAGUAAAAAUAAAGAAAAACCCUUGAAUGAGUAGGUGUGUCCAAACUUUUGACUGGUACUGUAGUAGUUAGUGAUAUUUGGCCUGCUGAUUGUAUGCUCUGAGGUUCUCGGUAAGAGCAUGAUCAUGUGUCUGAGUGCAUUGUUCUGUGUUUCCCACUUAGCUACUCUGAAGGUGUCAGACAGUGUGAAGUGGCUGAAGUUGAACUACAUGAACACGGGCUUCUAUAUAGUUCACUAUGGAGACGAGGGCUGGGCCACUCUCAUAGAUGCUCUAAAGACUGAUGUCAACACACUCACACCCCAUGACCGCGCUUCGCUCAUACACAACAUCUUUGCCCUGUCCAGGUCAGUGUGUGUGUUUGUACUGUGGCAUGGUACGCUCAAUGGUAAUACUAGCAAAUAUUUUUUAUUGGAGGCCUGUCUUAAUACUCUGUCUGGACUUGUACGAUUACGUGAAUGUCUGUAUUUUAGAUCUUAUGGAUGCUCCACUGCACAGAGAAUAGGCAACAGAUACAAAUAGAUAGAAUUGAUUCAGAUCUAUUGUCAAUUUUUUUCUUCUCUCCCUCUCAUCAGGCUGGGUCGUGUGUCCUUCCGUCAGGUUCUCAGUCUGUUGGAUUAUGCCACCAAUGAGACUGAGACUGCUCCUCUGACAGAGGCCCUGUCACAGCUCAGCUCUGUCUACAGACUACUGAACAAGAGACAGGAGCUAAGACUGGUGGCCCGCAUGAAGGUAAAUGCACUCACGCACACACACACACUAGAUUGUCAGGUACCUUGUUUUGGAGCCUAGUCCCACCAUUUGGGACAAACUGACUGUGCUAACUUUCUCUUUGUAAUGUGUGUUUCAGGCAUACGUCUGCAGUCAUUUUGGCCAGCUGAUGGACAGUCAGGACUGGGGAGAGGAGGAGAGUGUGUCCAGACUGGAGCUGAGGUCAGCCCUGCUAGAGAUGGCCUGUAGUCUGGGACGGCAGAACUGUACUGACCAGGCCAUGGCCCUCUAUGACCAGUGGACCAACUCCAACCACACCAAACAGUAGGUACACACACCAACUGACUUAAGAGUUUAUAUAUAAGAAAGACGGAGGCACAACUUUUGCUGGUUUAAAACAAAUAUAUACUUUUAGAUUUUUUGGCCACCAUGGUCAUCAUCAGUAAUAAAGCCAGAGAUCUAUUCUAUAGUGAUCUUGUGGUGAUCUGUUGUGUCUCCUCCAGGAUCCCGGGUGAUCUGCAGCGAGUAGUGUUCUCUGUAGCGGCCAAGUCUGACCUCGGUUGGCGUUCUCUCAUGGAGGCCUACAGUUCCUCCACCUACGACUCUGAGAAACGCAAGAUACUGCAGGCCCUGGCCUCCACACAGGACCCACAAAGCAUCGUAUGGUAAGGGAGAGAGUGUGUGUGGGUCCAUGGUACUUAAUCAAUCAAUUGACAGACAGAUUAACUGGCCAACUAAACCUCUACCCAGAGUUUGUGCAGAGCGACAUACAGCUGGACUCAAGCUGAGCUUCCCCCUGAAGCUAGGACAGAAGAGUCCCUUCCCAUCUUCCCGAAAACAUCUGAAACCCUACCUCUUCAAAGAGUAUCUUAAAUAAUCCCACAGCGCACCCCUCCCCCUCGCACCCGCUCCUCAUGCCCGAUGCUUUCGUGAACUAACAUUCGCACUUGACUUACUAGCUCUGACUAGCUGAUAACUACUUUAUUGGGGGAAAAUGUACUUACUGUGAGAUGUGGUUGUCCCACCUAGCUAUCUUAAGAUGAAUGGACUAACUGUAUGUCGCUCUGGAUAAGAGCGUCUGCUAAAUGACUAAUAUAUCAAAUGUACUCAAGCUGUGCACAGAUAUGUUUGUUGCGGCCUGUGGUGUGUGUCUCAUCACUCUAAAUACCACCUCCUUCAGGAUUCUCAGCGCGGGGCUCGAGGGAGGGAUUAUCCAGACCCAGGAGCUGCCAUUGGUCAUCAGCACCAUGAGCGACGGCUUCGCUGGCCACUUGUUCGUCUGGGACUUUGUCAAAGAGAACUGGGACAGGAUCAUAGAGAAGUGAGUGCCACCUUAUGAAUAAGAUAAAUUAUACACUGAGUAUAUUAAGAACACCUGCUCUUUCCAUGACAGACUGACCAGGUGAAAGCUAUGAUCCCUUAUUGUUGUCACCUGUUAAAUCCACUUCAAUCAGUGUAGAUGAAGGGGAAGAAACAGGUUAAAGAAUGAUUUUUAAGCCUUGAGACAAUUGAGACAUGGAUUGUGUAUGUGUGCCAUUCAGAGGGUGAAUGGGCAAGACAAAAUAUUUAAGUUAUUUUGAACGGGGUAUGGUAGUAGGUGCCAGGAGCACUGGUUUGUGUCAGGAACUGCAACGCUGCUGGGUUUUUCACGCUCAACCGUUUCCCGUGUGUAUCAAGAAGUCAACAUGGGCCAGCAUCCCUGUGGAAUGCUUUUGACACCUUGUAGAGUCCAUGCCCCAACGAAUGGAGGCUGUUCUGAGGGCAAAAGGGGGUGCAACUCAAUAUUAGGAAGGUGUUCCUAAUGUUUGGUAUACUCAGUGCACAUUUAUAUACUUACAGCAUCAACCUACAGAACAGUGGACCCAAAAACAAUACAGUUUCCCAAUCGAUAUCAGUGGGCCUGUUUCGAUUGGCUAUUAUGGAGCCUAGCCUGUUUCGAUUGGCUCUUAUGGAGAAGUGGCCUAUUUUUAUUGGCUGUUGUGAAUAAAUGGUCUGUUUUUGGCUGUGUGUGUGUAGGUUCCCAGUGGGGUCCUAUCCCAUCCAAAGCAUCAUCAAGUCCACCACCUCCCAGUUCUCCACUCAGACACACCUGGAGGAGGUGAGCUUAUACCUCAGAACCAUGCCGACUGUAUAUCAUGUGUCUGUGUAUCAGGUGCGUAGUGCAUGUGUAUCUUCUCUCAUGUCAACUGUGUGUGUGUGUGUGUAGGUCCAGGGUUUCUUCUCCAGUCUGAAGGAGCGGGGGUCUCAGAUGCGUAGCGUCCAGGAGGCUUUAGAGACCAUCGAACUGAACCAGCUCUGGAUGGACAGGAACCUCCCAACACUCAGACACUGGCUCUAACAUGGCCGCUUGGCAACUGUCGCUCCUGGCAACCAGCUCCGUGGGGCCAUGUUGGCAUGGCAACAGCAGUGUUUGCACUAUACUAGGGCUUGUCUCAAAUGACAUCAUAUUCCCCAUAUAGUGGCUACUUUUUUUCACUAUGGUCAGAAGUAGUGCACUAUAUACGGAACAGGGUGUCCUAGGAGUUGUAGUAGCCAGCUCAGGGUUGCUCUCCAGAUUGUGUAUCAGACCCCGUAUCAGCUCUCUCUCUAUGCUGUCGACCAAAUCUUCACACAGCUUUCAUCAUAACACCAUGCCUGGACACACAGCAGUGCGUCUUUCUUUCAAACGCAACGUGCUUCACAUUGUAUGGAGGU